UAAUGGUUCAAGGACUGCAAGAAUCUUUGGAAAAAACGAGCUCCCUCCCUCCCUCGUCCGCCGCCGCUCCCUCCCACCACCUCCUCCUCCUUCUUCUGCGCCCUAGGAGCCCCGCCGCCGCCUGCUACUCCUUCACCGCCUCGCCUCUUCCUCCUCCCCGCCUUCCCAUCGCUUAGGUUGGCGGUUAGCGGCGGCUCGAUCCACUCCGUGGUUUCAGAUGGGCCGCCUUCCCCAUCUCUUGUCCGUGUCCGGUGCCGUCACUCGAUCUUGAUCUUGGGAGCAUGCGGGAGAGAGGCGUCGUGUCUAUUGCCAGGACGGGACAUGGGGGUGGAGGCGAGCGAGAGAGCGGAUGUUGCUGAAGAAGCUGGGGAGGCAAGACGAGGGCGGCGUGGCGUUCCGUGGCCGCGGUGGCCAGAGGGGCGGCUCCAUGUCGCGGUGUAUGAGGUGCCUAGAGGAGGAUGCUGCGGCAGGUUAAACUCCUCUCCCGUUGUAGAGCAGUCCGCAGUGCCAUCACCGUCGUCCUUGCCUUCGAGCCAUCCGUGCCGCCGUCGCCGUCGCCUAGAGGACGCCGGUAGGAAGCAGCAGCUCACCGUUUCCUUGGUCCCCGCCGACGCCAAGCGAGAAGAGAAGGCACGUGUGCUGUAGGUGUAGCAAAUUGGACAAGCUACACCGCUAAUGCCGGGUGUAUGGAGCUCAGGAAGGCUAUCUGCAACAAGCUUCAGGAGGAUAAUGGUCUAACCUAUAGCCCAGAUCAUGUGCUAGCGACCAAUGGGGCUAAGCAAUGCACUACACACGCUGUUCUUGAUGUUCUCUCAUGUGGUGAUGAGCGCCAUGGAUUAGUCCCUGCUGUAGGAGAGAGAGAAGAUGAGAGGGUGAGAGAGAAGGAAGGAGAGGAGGGAGAAAGAGAGAGGAAAGAGUACCUGGAGGUGCGUCGACCGGCGUCGGCAUGUGCUGGCAAGGUUGGGCGGGACCGGGUGGUUGGCUGCGGCUCCGUGGUUUCAGAUGGGGCACCGUGGGGAGCCAGGGAGGCGGCUUGGCCCAGCCAUGGCGUUGGUGCUGCGGAGAGCCGCCUCGCGCUACUUCAUCGUCGACACUACAGGCUUCGCCGCCGCCUACGCGAUGCCGCCCCAGGGGGAUCAGCAGCAGCCCCCCUCGCUGCAGGGGCCCAGCCAGCAGGUCGGGGCCAAGCUGGGGCCCUGCAUCGAGUGCAGCGCCACCGGCACAAGAAGUGCUCUGGGUGCAAGUGCAUGCAUAUUGUUGAUGAGCCAGGGAGGCGGCUUGGCCCAGCCAUGGCGCUGGUGCUGCGGACUCCCCGCCGCGUGGCGUCUCACUGCUCGUCCCUUCUGGUCACACCUCCCCAUGUAAAUUUGAAGCCUAAGGUGCCAACAAAGGUAGUUUGUGCUGAACAUCUUGAGUUACAGAACGAGAUACUCACACUGCUUAACAUACAGAGGUUUGGACUUGCACUAUAGGUGGUUGCGAAUCUCAGUCUUUGCGUGUCUGUCUAUGACAUCCUUGCCGUCGAAGGCGGAUUCACCUUUCCAUGAUAGGGCUGCUCGACGUAUAAAGUAAUUAGUGCCAUCAUCUUUGCCAUCCAUUUAUCUUUAUUAAGGAAUGUGAUGUUACUACUUACUAAUUAUGUAUGUUGUUUAGUAUUUGCAGAAGCAUUCUCAACUUUCCUCUGUACUUUCUCUUUUCUCUAUACUUUGUUUGGGUAGUAUUUACCCUGUCCCGAGAAUAGCAGAGAUAGACAUGCCUAUGUGUACAGCUAAGUAAUCAAAAUAGUUGAGAUAGACAUGCCUAUGUCUACAGGAAAACCAGCUUAACAUUCAUAUCUCAACUCCCUAUCCACUCUGACCAGACAUAAAAUUAAGCUUAGGUCAGCAAACUGGAAAAAGGGCAUAUAUGGUUACCGUGUAGAGUAUGUGAGUAAAUACACAUGUUGCAUGGUGCAUGUUUUUUGCUGUGAGUUUCUUUGUAUGCUAGCGGAGCUCGAGUUCAAUAGUUCUUCACAUUACAUAUUUGUUAUUCACCCCCGUACUGCAUUUCUGUAAAAUACAUUGGUUCCAGUCUUGACUAUGGGCUGUUUUGCCAUGCUUACAUCAGAGCUCAAAAGUAGAUGUCAUCAGCAAGUAGGUGAUACAUGUCUAUCUGAUUUAGCAUUUUGGAAUUGCUCACAACAUUUCUUUCGGCAUGUCAAUGAAAAUGGCACCUUCCCAUUCUGAUGUUCAUUAUGUUUCUUGAAGCCCUCACCAUCUUUAUAUUCAUUACAUAUUCUCAAAAGCUUAUUUCUUAAUAAUACCUAAAGUGAAUACCAUGAGCUACCUCUCCAGUUUAUUCUUAUUUGAGUAUUAAGAGCACCUACAUUGCUUUGGUUCUGUAUGACUGAUCAAAUUUACACACACCUCAACCAUAGUAAAAUCUGGAAGACGACGUAAAAGAAUCAAAGAAAAGUAGAGAUGCACAAUAGUUUUUGCUUUUCAGGGAUUGUUCUUGGGUUCAGCUUUCGCCGGCAUGUUGUUAUUAUAGAGUUACCGUAUCUCUUUGAAUCGUCAUAUGUACUCCAAACUCUUAUAGAUUAUGCAACUAGCUAAUGGUUGGAACUUUUACUCAACUUUAUUAUAGGUGGCACAAAGUCAUGUUAGUUGCCAUUUUAUUGCUACAGAUAUGUUCUUGUUCUGAUUGUUUAUGUGAUGAUUAUAUUCAUGUGUAUGUAGCACAACCUCAUGUUUACAUUUGGCUUGAAGUCGGCUGUACUUUUUUUUGCUUUUGUUACAAGAUAUAUCAUCAAUUUCUUGUCUGGACGUACUUUUAUUAGUUUGCUUCUAACUGCAUCUUAAUAUGUACUCAGUAGGCUCUACAGGAUUCGAUGAUGGAUGUGUGAAUGUGAGCAAUCAGGAUAUAAAUUUCUUCCAACAGCAAGACAUGCUGAUUAGAUUCAGGAAUAUGUUCUUGCGUCCCAGCUUUGCAGCUUCACGUUGUAGGACUAAUAUUUGGUACCUGACAUGAGAUUGAGAAAUACCAUGCUUUAAUUAAUUAGUACAUACCUUGUGCAGGGCACAUAAAAUAUAUCUGAUAUC